AUGGCCCUUUCCCGGAUGACCCGCUCCAUGUGUGAUGCGAUGAGGCCGAUUGGGUCUCUCUCCGCCCGCCAGUUUGCCACGGUGAAUGGGAAGCCACUGCACGGCCAGCGGAAGCCUGCGAUGCGAAUGACAACCGAAGAAGCUUUUGUGAAGACCUUGCAGAUGCACGGGAUCAAGAACGCAUUCGGCAUCAUCGGCUCAGCAAUGAUGCCCAUCUCGGACUUGUUCCCUGCUGCAGGCAUCAAGUUUUGGGAUUGUGCUCAUGAGUGCAAUGCGGGCAUGAUGGCGGACGGAUACACCAGGACGACCGGGAAGAUGUCCAUGAUGAUCGCGCAGAACGGCCCGGGCAUCACCAACUUUGUGACCCCUGUGAAGACAGCUUACUGGAACCACACGCCGCUUCUGCUCGUCACCCCACAGGCAGCCAACAAGACGAUCGGCCAAGGGGGCUUCCAGGAGGUGGAGCAGCUGGCGAUGUUCAAAGACACUGUUUGCUACCAGGAGGAGGUCCGCGACCCGACACGCAUCUGCGAGGUCCUCAAUCGCGUCAUCGAGAAGGCCUACCACUGCUCGGCCCCGGCACAGAUCAACAUCCCCAGAGACUUCUGGACCCAGGUGGUGGACAUGUCCUUGCCAACUGGGGUGAAGCUCGAGCGCGGUGCCGGGGGCGCUGCCUCGACAAAGGCAGCAGCAGAGAUGCUGGCAGAGGCCAAGUUCCCAGUGAUCCUGAACGGCGCUGGAGUUAUCCUGUCCGGAGCUGUGGAUGCCUCGGUAAAGCUUGCGGAGCGUCUUUCUGCACCCGUGUGCUGCAACUAUCAGCACAACGACGCCUUCCCAGGCGACCAUCCUCUGCACAUGGGACCACUGGGCUACAAUGGCUCGAAAGCUGCCAUGGAAGCCAUCUCCAAGGCGGACGUGGUCCUGGCGCUGGGCACGAGGCUGAACCCCUUCUCCACCCUGCCGUGCUACGGCAUGGAGUACUGGCCAAAGGAUGCCAAGCUGAUUCAGGUGGACAUCAACAGCGAUCGCAUUGGCCUGACCAAGCCGGUCGAUGUCGGCAUCCAGGGCGAUGCAGGCUUAGUUGCCGAAGCUCUUCUGGCUGCGCUGCCACCUUCCGCUGGUGAUGCAGGGCGCACGGAGCGGCUCAAGCUCGUGGAGGAGAAGAAACAAGCCUGGGGCAAGGAGCUUGAAGGCAUGGACCACGAGUUGGAUGACGAGGGCACGACGUGGAACAAGCGCGCACGGGAAGCGCAGCCCAACCGUCUCUCACCACGGCAGGCGUGGCGCGCAAUCAUGCGGGUGAUGCCCAAGGAUGCCAUCAUGUCGUCGGACAUCGGCAACAACUGCGCCAUCGGCAAUGCCUAUCCAUCCUUCCCCUCACCGCGGAAGUACCUGGCGCCGGGUCUCUUCGGGCCUUGCGGAUACGGCUUUCCGUCCAUCCUCGGCGCGAAGGUGGGGAACCCCUCCGUCCCAGUGGUUGGCUUUGCGGGCGACGGUGCCUUUGGCAUCUCCGUCAACGAGCUGACUGCCUGUGGGCGGGGUGACUGGCCGGGCGUGACCAUGGUCGUGUUCCGCAACUACCAGUGGGGCGCAGAGAAGCGAAACACGACAUUGUGGUACCAGGACAACUUCGUGGGCACCGAACUCAACGCAGGCGUCGAGUAUGCGGAGAUGGCCAAAGCCUGUGGAUUGAAGGGCAUCAAAGCAGAGAGCGUCGAAGAGCUGGAGAAGGCCGUGACCUCUGCCAUCGAGGGGCAGAUGCAGCGAAAUGAGACGACCCUGAUCGAAGUCGUCCUGAACCAGGAGCUUGGCGAGCCCUUCCGCCGUGAUGCGAUGAAGCCACCCGUAGAGAUUGCCAAGAUCCAUGCUAGUGACAUGUGCGAGUGA